AUGUGUGACGGCAACCAGCAUGAGACAGGGCGAGUCACUCUGACUCCUGCUGAACACAACACACCAAACAUCACACCUCACCCCUCCCCUCACACCGCACCACACCCCUCCCCGCACCACACCACACCCCUCCCCGCACCGCACCACACCACACCCCUCCCCGCACCACACCUCACCCCUCCCCUCACACCACACCCCCCUCCCCGCACCACACCUCACCCCUCCCCCGCACCACACCUCACCCUCCCCGCACCACACCUCACCCCCCCGCACCACACCACACCCUCCCCGCACCACACCUCACCCCUCCCCCGCACCACACUCACCCUCCCCGCACCACACCUCACCCCUCCCCUCACACCACACCUCACCCCUCCCCGCACCACACCUCACCCCUCCCCGCACCACACCUCACCCCUCCCCGCACCACACCUCACCCCUCACACCACACCACACCCCUCCCCGCACCACACCUCACCCCUCCCCGCACCACACCUCACCCCUCCCCGCACCACACCUCACCCCUCCCCUCACACCACACCUCACCCUCCCCGCACCACACCACACCCCCUCCCCGCACCACACCUCACCCCUCCCCUCACCCUCCCCGCACCACACCUCACCCCUCCCCACACCACACCACACCCCUCCCCGCACCACACCUCACCCCUCCCCUCACACCACACCUCACCCCUCCCCGCACCACACCUCACCCCUCCCCGCACCACACCACACCCCUCCCCGCACCACACCUCACCCAAACCCACACACAUCAACACACCGCCUUAUUACAAUAACGACACACUGACUGACUGCCAUAUGCUGAAGGAUCCUUCCAUCGCUCCAAACAAACUCUUUCAAAAGGGACACAGCGCCGUUCGGGUGAUGAAGAGAGACUUGUAA